AUGGCCUUGUGUACCCUUGUCCUCGCCGUUGCUAUUGAUUCGACUAGUCUCGCCGUCGCUUUACCUACUAUGAGCACUGCCUUGGGUGUCUAUCGAGGAACAUGGUUCAGUGUCUUGUCAUCCAUGUGGUCUGUUGGAACUGUAACCGGCCCACUGAUUGGUGCUGGGUUUGCCCAGAAUAUCAGCUGGCGGUGGAUAUUCUACGUCAACCUGCCUAUCAUCGGUCUCGGGCUCGUGUUUGUCGUGCUGUUUCUGCACCAGGUUAGGAUACCGGGUAACAUAGUCGGCAAGCUCAAGAGAUUCGAUUGGUUAGGAUCAUUCCUGUUUACGGUGGGUGAUACUGCUUUUUUGUUUGGAGUAUCCGUUGGCGGCGUGAUGUACAGCUGGACCUCGUGGCGGACACUGUUGCCCCUGAUACUCGGGAUUAUGAUUGUGGCUGGCUUUGCGCUAUGGGAACUCUGGUACGCCGCCGAGCCCAUCAUCAGCAGAGAGAUCUUCGGCAAUUGGACUUUGAUCAGCACUUACAUUCAGGCCAUCUUCCAUGGCAUCAUUCUAUGGUCUUUGUUAUACUUCCUCGCAGUAUCACCCACCGUAAACAGGAAUGAUCCUAACCAAUCGAAUCUCUUGAGCUUGCCGACUAUGUUACCCGGUAUCCUCUACCUGCUCAACCCUGGGACCAACGUCCCGGCGUGGAUUUUCCUCAACCUCCCCAUCGGCGUGGGAACCGGCAUGCUCUUCCCCGGUAUGAGCCUCUCCAUCCAGGCCGCGUCCGAGCCGGCGCUUAACGGUCAGGCCGCCGCAUUCUUUUCCUUCCUGCGGACGUUUGGUCAGUCCCUGGGCGUCGCCAUCUCGGGCGUCGUUUUUCAAAACGCUUUUAAAGUGAAGCUGGAGGCGCUGCCGGCUUUUGUGUCCGUGGCGGACGAGUACUCGCGCGAUGCGACGAUUGUGGUUGGCAUUAUAAAGUCGAUGCCCGAGGGCGAGGACAAGGCCCUGCUCGUGCAGGCGUAUGCCGAUGGACUGAAGAUACUGUGGAUGGCGCUUGUAGCGUUUUCUGGCGUGAGUAUGCUGUUGAGUUUCUCCAUUAAGGAGUAUUCGCUUGAGCAGGAGCAUGUUACGAAGCAGCGGCUUAGGCGGGAGGGGGAGAUGCCCAGUAGGAGUGAUGUUGAGAGUGCUUCUGGGGCUGACAAAUAA